UGCAAACAAAGCGUGUGAAGUAAUAACAAUCGCCCCGAAGUUUACUACGUAUUUAUUUCCUUGGACCGACCUGACUUUAAUACAAAAUAAUUGCUAACAGCAUUGAGGGAGCAGCGUAUCUUUUUUUGUUUUUCCUAAAUUGUGUUAACUUUUAAACACCAACGUAGGACGUCUGCUGUGCGAUAACUAACUAACUUGUUAAAGCUUUAAGCACAGCAAGCAGAAGGGAAUGGCAUAAAAUAGAGAUUGUCUUUAGUUGCAAACAAAGCUGUAAGUUAGGGUUAGUGAACGGUAACAUCUGUACUCGAAGCGCGGCUUUUCCUUUUGCUGGGCUCAGCUGUGGACCAGCAUGUUCCCGUUAGACUCGCCCUGGAACAUCUCCUUUGCGGGCUGCGGCUUCCUCGGGAUCUACCACAUCGGCGUGGCCAGCUGUCUGCAGGAGCAAGCGCCUUUCCUGGUGCAGAACGCCAGGCACAUCUAUGGAGCCUCUGCCGGGGCCCUCACCGCCACUGCUUUGGUCACUGGCGUGUGUCUUGGAGAUGCAGGGGCAAGCAUCAUUGAAGUUGCUAAGGAGGCGAGGAAGCGGUUCCUCGGACCCAUGCAUCCCUCUUUUAACUUGGUGAAGAUUGUCCGUCACGUACUGAGCCGCACUCUGCCUGCUGACAGCCACCAACGGGCCAACGGGCGACUGGGAAUCUCUCUGACCCGGGUCGCAGAUGGAGAAAAUGUCCUGGUGUCUCACUUCAACAAUAAGGAGGAGUUGGUGCAGGCAUGUGUCUGCAGUGCCUACAUCCCGGUGUAUUGUGGCCUCAUUCCUCCCACACUUCAAGGAGUGCGAUACGUUGAUGGAGGAAUCUCUGACAACCUGCCGCAGUACGAGAUGAAAAACACCAUCACCGUGUCCCCCUUUUCCGGAGAGAGCGACAUCUGCCCCCGAGACACCUCCACCAACAUCCACGAGCUGCGCUUCACCAACACAAGCAUCCAGUUCACCCUCACCAACCUGUACAGAGUCUCCAGGGCUCUCUUCCCACCAGAUCCGAUGGUCAUGAAGGCCAUGUGCAAGCAGGGAUACAAAGAUGCUCUGCACUUUUUAAAGAGAAAUGGAUUGCUUAAUUACACUGGGCCUCAAACAGACAGACCAUUGCUGGCCAACAGAGAAGAAAACGAGGCUCAUGAUGAAAAAAACAACCAGGCAGAAGAGGGGGCAGAGAUGGAGGCAAAAGUGGUGCUUCAUGCCAGCUCCUCGCUGGAUGAGCACAUCAUGGAGUAUCUUCCACCCGCCGUGCACAAAGCUUUACUCGAGGCGUGCAUGGAGAGGAGGAGCCUGGUGCAGUCUCUGGGCAGCCUGCUCCCUGUCAGAAUGGCCUCUGCCAUGAUGCUCCCCUACACUCUCCCUCUGGAGUCUGCCAUGUCCAUGACUCUCAGACUUCUGGAGUGGCUUCCAGAUGUGCAGGAGGAUGUGGGCUGGAUUCGAGAGCAGAUACUUAAAAUCCUGCAGCGUAUUCUCCGUCAGGCUUCCAGAAACUUUUCCCAGCACGUAUCUGCCAGGCUGUUCUGGCACCUGGAGCUGCACCAUUACAGGUCCCUUCCAUCCAAGUCCAGCUCCACCAGCCUCUUUCCCACCUGGAUGAACAGCGGUGGCUCUUCAGUGCAGGAUGUCUUCGACCACUACAAGAACCGGUUUUUGUCUGGGGUUUUCUGCAUCGAUAUGGACCUUCAAGGCUCCCUGAAAACCGGAAUGAUGCCGCCAGAUACCAGCCGCGUGGCCAGAUUUUUCCUACAAGACGUAGCAGAACGCAAAGGUUAUUUCAAUACUCCUCAUGGGGGCAAACCUGCUAAAACUCUGAGCAGAUCUAGGAGCUUUUGGUAGGCUUCUGCUGUGACCGUACUCCUGAUCCAGGAAGAGUGAACAACAGAUAUAAGGCGCAUUUCUAUGUGUGUUGUCUCUUACACUAAAAUAAGAGCUGCAUUGUGAUUACAGUUCAAAUGCAAUCAGCUUCUUUGUGUGGUGUUUGGAAAGGGUCAUAUAGUACUUUGCAAGAGUAUUUAUACCUCCGUGAGCUUUACACCAACACACAGUUUUGGUUAACUUUAAAGCGGAAGAAAAACUGUGGUUUAACUUUUUUUUUCCACAUGGAAAUAUUUUCCACAUAAAAAUAGCAUGCAUUUGUAACAAGCCCCCCUGAGUCAAUAACUGUAAAAUCACCUUUUGCUGCAUUUGCAUUUGCUAUCCCUGCGGAAGAAAAGCAUCCCUACGCCACACCAUGAUGCUGCAACUGUCUGGACGAUGUGUUCAGGGUUAUGUGCAGUGUUAGUUCUCUGCCACACGUAGCAAUUCUUAAAUGCAUGCCACAUUUUUCAGAUUUUUCUUUGGAAAAUAAUCCCUGAAAACCAUGUAUUCUUUUUCUUCCCCUUAGCAGUUAUGCUCCACUUUUGUUUCGUCUCUCACGUGAAAUCACCAAAAAAGAAAUACACCAAGGUUGGUCGUUGUGAUGUGAGAAAAUCCUUUCUAAAAAAUGUUUAAGAUGUAUAAAUAGUUUUUCAAGGCACUGUAAUUUACUCAGUGCACACUCACUGCGUCUUAAGACUUUGUUUGGACCGAUGACUGACUCUGAAAUAAGCCAUUAGCUUUGGAGAGUCAGACAGUAUUACAUCAACAGAAGCACAAUUAAACUUUGCACAGGCACUCAGUCGUGCACAAACUUGAAUUACAGGAUGUUACAAAGAAAUGGCACGGUAAAAAAAAAGAGUGUUGACGUUUUUAGUUGAAGCCAGUCAGGCACAAAGUGAAGCAGCAUUUUCCUGCUUCCAGUUAUUUCUGGCUCACAGGAAGUGCGGAACAAAACGCAAAACACUAGAGUUGGGUUUGUUACAGGCAGUUACUCCAUUUAUGUGAUGCAAUUUUCAGUGCACUGUGCUUAAAGAAGGCUUACUUUGUCAGUGUGUUUUAACAAAUGUACUAAUGUAAAUGUCUAAAACAAAUUGAUGUGUAUAAAAUAAAUUACUGUAGCGAAUAAAACGCUUUUUAUGAUUGUUCAUUGUUGUUUUUUUAAUCGCUACUUGUUGGGUUUAAGACAUCUCUGGUGUUUUGUUCAGUGUCAUUUUGUAGCUAAUCAAUCAUUUUUAUUCUGAACUGCAAAUUUUCUACUGAUGGUGUAACCAAGUUCUUUAAAAAAAAAAAAACGCAUCAUGUUUUUCUUCUACGUUUUAAUUUGGCUAUUGGGCCUUUUGAUUUGCUUUAAACUUAUUUUUUGCCAAGUCAAUGUAAUGUGCUGAAAUUGUCACCAGGUGUCAUCAUGUUUGCAGUUUAUGAUCUUGAAAUAAACUUCUGCUCUUCCAGAUAAACAACA